AUGAGUGGACUUCGUGGUUUCCGCGAGGAGUCUCCAGCAGUGGAGGUGCCGAUCGAGGAUGACAUCUCCUACAACGACUCCGCCUCCCAAUCUUCCUACACCAUGAGCCGCUCGUGCAGUUCUACCGGCAGCGUCUUUAGCACAUCCACCUCGGCCACUGACAAUGAGGCGUACAAGAACCUCAAGCUCGAGCUGGCCGUGGCUCAAGAAAACAUAGUAGAGCUUCAUCAGAAGUACCAGGAUCUCGAGCGAACCUCGAAAUAUGCGAAAGGACAACUUGAGAAUGAGAUUGAUCUCCUACGCUUGCAGCUUCAGCGCCUGAAAGACAAACCCGCAACAUCAGAUCAGCACGCUGAGCACGUCGCCGGGCUGGAGGCCGCGAAGGCUGUGGCGGACGCGAGGGUGCAGGAGCUGGAGGCGGCUGCCGCGUCGAGCGCCGAGGUGGCAAGCAGGCUGGCCGCCGAGCACGCUGAGCACGUCGCCGGGCUGGAGGCCGCGAAGGCUGUGGCGGACGCGAGGGUGCAGGAGCUGGAGGCGGCUGCCGCGUCGAGCGCCGAGGUGGCAAGCAGGCUGGCCGCCGAGCACGCUGAGCACGUCGCCGGGCUGGAGGCCGCGAAGGCUGCAGCGGACGCGAGGGUGCAGGAGCUGGAGGCGGCUGCCGCGUCGAGCGCCGAGGUGGCGAGCAGGCUGGCCGCCGAGCACGCUGAGCACGUCGCCGGGCUGGAGGCCGCGAAGGCUGCAGCGGACGCGAGGGUGCAGGAGCUGGAGGCGGCUGCCGCGUCGAGCGCCGAGGUGGCGAGCAGGCUGGCUGCCGAGCACGCUGAGCACGUCGCCGGGCUGGAGGCCGCGAAGGCUGUGGCGGACGCGAGGGUGCAGGAGCUGGAGGCGGCUGCCGCGUCGAGCGCCGAGGUGGCAAGCAGGCUGGCCGCCGAGCACGCUGAGCACGUCGCCGGGCUGGAGGCCGCGAAGGCUGCAGCGGACGCGAGGGUGCAGGAGCUGGAGGCGGCUGCCGCGUCGAGCGCCGAGGUGGCAAGCAGGCUGGCCGCCGAGCACGCUGAGCACGUCGCCGGGCUGGAGGCCGCGAAGGCUGCAGCGGACGCGAGGGUGCAGGAGCUGGAGGCGGCUGCCGCGUCGAGCGCCGAGGUGGCGAGCAGGCUGGCCGCCGAGCACGCUGAGCACGUCGCCGGGCUGGAGGCCGCGAAGGCUGCAGCGGACGCGAGGGUGCAGGAGCUGGAGGCGGCUGCCGCGUCGAGCGCCGAGGUGGCGAGCAGGCUGGCCGCCGAGCACGCUGAGCACGUCGCCGGGCUGGAGGCCGCGAAGGCUGCAGCGGACGCGAGGGUGCAGGAGCUGGAGGCUGCGAUCGCUGGCCUUGCAGAGAUGUUGGUGAAGGAGCCUAGUAGUGGUAUCGCAAAUUGUAUGGUGGAAAACAAGGUUGUGGGAAAAGGGGUGGAUCUGGUGGUGAUUGCGCGAGAGCUGCAGGUAGGUCUCAGGCAGCAGUUGAAAGAAAGUGAGGCGGCGAUAAGUCGACUGGUGGACGAGGUGAGGGCGUUGAAGACCAAGUCGGCGGCUGCAGAAGCGGAAAAGGUGGUGAUGGCGCGAAAGGGAGAAGUGGUCGAGCGAGAGGUGUGUCGACCCGCUGAGGCAACUGAGUUGAGUGGGUUGUUGUCCGGUCAGGAGAACGGCCUCGGCAACAGGACGAAGCACUCCCGUAGCUGGUGCCCAGCAUGUGCAGUGAUGUGA